AAAUUUUUGGCAUGGUUGAUCUUUACGGGACCGAGUGAAAUAAAACCGUUUUGUGUAAUUAUUAUGAAAAUGGAGUGGAAACCAGAACAAGAGGGAUUAAGACAAAUAUUAACACUUCUCAAGGAGUCUCAGUCUCCAGACACAGCAACUCAAAGAGCCGUUCAACAAAAACUGGAGGAGUUGAACAAGUAUCCUGAUUUUAACAACUACUUGAUAUUCGUUCUUACCAAAUUGGUAACUGAAGAAGAACCCACAAGGUCUCUUAGUGGGCUGAUUUUGAAAAAUAAUGUAAAAGCCCACUAUGACAGCUUUUUACCAGAAGUGGCUGAAUUUAUAAAACGCGAAUGUUUAUCCGCUGUUGGAGAUCCAUCUCCUCUGAUUCGAGCCACUGUUGGCAUUAUUAUUACAACAAUUGCUAGUAAAGGAGAAUUGACCUCAUGGCCUGAACUUCUUCCAGCCUUGUGUCAAAUGUUAGAUUCACAAGAUUACAAUGUUUGCGAGGGAGCAUUUGGAGCAUUGCAAAAAAUUUGUGAAGAUACUGCUGAAUUAUUGGACAGUGAUGCUUUAAAUAGACCAUUAAAUGUUUUAAUCCCUAAAUUUCUACAGUUCUUUAGGCAUUCCUCUCCGAAAAUAAGAUGUCAUGCUAUAGCUUGUGUUAAUUACUUUAUUAUGGGUCGUACACAAGCACUCAUGGUGCAUAUUGAUGCUUUCAUUGAGAAUUUAUUCCACCUAGCAGCUGAUGAAGAUCCAGAUGUUCGAAAAAAUGUUUGUCAUGCUCUUGUAUUAUUGCUGGAAGUCAGACUAGACAGACUUAUACCACAUUUACCUAACAUAAUUGAAUAUAUGCUGGUACGCACACAAGAUCCUGAAGAAGGGGCAGCAUUGGAAGCAUGCGAGUUCUGGCUUUCUCUAGCAGAGCAAAACAUUUGCAGAGAGGUACUAGGGCCACGGCUUCCGGCGUUACUGCCGGUGUUGGUGCGUGGCAUGCGGUACUCGGAGAUGGCCGUGAUUCUGCUGCGAGGCGAUCGAGACGAUGACGCCGACGACGCGGAGCCCGACCGCGAGACGGACAUACGGCCUCGCUUCCACAAACCACGUCAGCACACCAUCAAACAUAAUGCGGGUGCGGGCGACAGCAACAUGUCAGGCGGCGGCGAGUCCGACGACGAGGACGACGGCGGCGCGGACGCGGACGACGGCUCGCUGUCAGACUGGAACCUGCGCAAGUGCAGCGCCGCCGCCCUCGACGUGCUCGCCAACGUGUUCGGCGCCGACCUGCUGCCCGUGCUCUUCCCCAUACUCAAGGAGACGCUGUUCCACGAGGACUGGAUCAUCAAGGAGAGCGGUAUACUGGCUUUGGGCGCGGUGGCGGACGGCUGCAUGGUAGGCAUGGUGCCGCACCUGCCCGACCUGGUGCCGUACCUGGUGUGCUGCCUCGCCGAGCGGAAGGCCCUCGUGCGCGCUAUCACCUGCUGGACCCUGUCGCGAUACUCGCACUGGAUCGUGGCGCAGUCGCACGACCUGUACCUGCGCCCCGUCAUGACUGAGCUUUUAAAACGUGUUUUGGACAACAACAAACGCGUCCAAGAAGCUGCUUGCUCAGCUUUCGCCACUCUCGAAGAAGAGGCUUGUACUGAACUAGUACCUUAUUUGGGUUACAUUCUACAAACAUUAGUGUAUGCGUUCAGUAAAUACCAACACAAGAACCUUCUCAUAUUAUACGACGCGAUUGGCACACUGGCAGACUCAGUGGGACAUCAUCUAAAUAAGGAAGAAUACAUAAAUCUGUUAAUGCCACCCCUGAUCAAUAAAUGGAAUGUCUUAAAGGAUGAAGAUAAGGACCUGUUUCCUUUGCUAGAGUGUCUGUCAUCAGUGGCUUCAGCACUACAAUCAGGUUUCUUACCUUACUGUGAGCCUGUGUUCAGAAGAUGUGUCUCUUUGAUUGAACAAACCCUAAAUCAAACUAUAGCGAACAGUCAGAGCCCAGAGCAAUUCGAGGCACCAGACAAAGAUUUCAUGAUUGUGGCACUGGAUUUGCUGAGCGGACUGACGGAGGGGCUGGAUGGACACAUAGACCAUCUUGUUCAGAACUCAAAUCUAAUGCAGCUGCUCUACCAGUGUAUGCAGGACCCCAUGCCAGAGGUCCGUCAGUCAUCGUUCGCGCUGAUUGGGGACUUAACGAAGGCGUGUUUCCAGCACGUUCACCCUUAUAUACCGGAAUUCUUGCCGAUACUAGCCAUGAAUCUUAAUCCAGAAGUUAUCUCGGUGUGUAAUAAUGCUACAUGGGCAAUAGGAGAGAUUAGCAUCAAACUAGGUCCAGAAACAUCAAAAUAUGUCCCUCUGGUUUUAAAACAUUUAGUUGAGAUUAUCAAUAGACCGAACACACCCAAAACUCUUCUUGAGAACACAGCGAUUACUCUCGGUCGGCUAGGUUAUGUGUGCCCCCACGACGUCGCACCCGUAUUACAUCAAUUUGUACGCCAGUGGUGCACUUCGCUGCGGAACAUUCGGGACAAUGACGAGAAGGACUCUGCAUUCAGGGGUAUCUGCCAGAUGAUCCACGUGAACCCGGAGGGCGUGGUGACCGACUUCAUGUACUUCUGCGACGCAGUCGCGUCGUGGUCGCACCCCAAGGAGGACCUCAAGGAGAUGUUCACAAAGAUUCUGCACGGGUUCAAGAACCAGGUUGGCGAGGACAACUGGCGGCGCUUCACCGACCAGUUCCCCGUGCAGCUGAGCGCGCGCCUCUCCGCCAUGUGCGGCAUAUAGGCGCCCUACCAAGCUACACGGUCAGUACCUACAUCAUCAUCAUCAGACUCUUAAUGUCCCCACUGCUGGGGCACCGGCCUUCCCUAUGGAUGGAAUAGGGAGAUUGGGCCAUGACCCACCACGCGGGCCCAGCGUGGAUUGGCGGGUGCUAACGACUGCAGAUGCAACCAGUACGAUAAGUUUUUGGUCACACAUCCAAUGACCGACCAUUGCGAAAGAUGCUUAACUUCAACGAUCGCAGGCCGAACAGACUAACCCCCUGCGCCAUCGAUCGCCUCCUAAAUUUUAUUGAAUGAACUUUGAAUGGAAAAAAUUACUUUUCUUUAAUGUGCAGAUGAUUUGACCUCCUGCCGGUAUUGUAAACAAGUGAACACAAUGACAUAUUAUAUAACGUGAAUUAAAACUUAUCAGAUGAUUUUUGCCACUUUAAUAGCUUCUAUCUAUUUAACGCUGAUUGUACAUCCUCGGUCCCUAAAAUCCCAGUUGGUUCCUAACCUAAGUCCUAUCUAGUCCCAUUCCCUGUCACGUGCCAACGAAGCCCAGAAAUGUGCGUGUGAACUGAGGGACCAAAUGGAAUUUCUAAAAAUAAAACUAGUAAUUUUUAGUAGUAGUCAUAAAACGAUUGUGUUUUACAAUGGUCUAGCCUUAGCCUGGGAUUUAUAAUAAAAUAUUUUUAAAACUACAGGCCUUUAAGAGAUGUCCCUGAGUGCUCACAGGCCAUCAGCCAGAUCUCGAAAAGUAUCUAUGAAAUUGAGAUAAUGUGACUACAGACUUAAGUAGAAAAUAACCAUAUUUACUAAAUCACAAAAAACAAUGUAUCAAAGAAAAAAAUAUAUAACGACUAAAUAGUGAUCCUUCAGAAAGAUUAAUGUUUUAGUGAAUAUUACCGAAUCAAAUAUAAUCUUAGUUUUUCUACAUAAAGUGUUAGUAGUGGUCUUGGAAUAAAUUGUAAAAAAAAUGAAUAAAAAUAAACGCAAAUUGAACAUAGCCAUUAUGAAUGCUGAUUCCUUAAUCCUCUCGUCCGUUGACACUUGUGCACGUUGUAACUUUGAGACGAGAGGAAUAUCAGAAAUUAGAAACUCGAGUGGCCCUAACUUUAGCAGCAAAUUACUACUAAAUGAUAGGUAUAUAAAUUAUGCAUUUGUUACCUAUUAGCUGAGAUAAUUUUAUUUUCUAAAUCCUUCGAAAAUAGAGUAAUAGUAGGGAUACCACACGUUGGAAUAAAAUUUAGACUAAAUUUAUUAAAACAUUUUUUUAAUUGGGACAACCUCGGGAGCAUACAAUUGCGAUUACAAAAAAGAAUUUUGAAAAUCGGCCCUAAUAUUCCCAGACUUUUAGUUCAUUUCUACAAUUGUUUUAAGACUACUGAUAGAUCUUACUAAUUUUAUUUUGAGAAAUUCCAUCUGCUCCCUCAGUUCACACGCACCUGCCCAGACAGCAUGUGUAUGAAUGCAUAAUUUCUCAAAUAGAAACGCGACAUUAACUUGUUCAAAUUUUCAAAGAAUUUAAGAUGAAAAAUAGUGGUAAUUUUUUUAAAGUAAAUUGUAUUUUUGUGAUCAAUAUUUUGUAAAAAUAACAGAGGUGUGAAAUUAUUGAAUUUGUAAUAGACUCUUGGAUAUCAGUCACCUAAAAU